ACAAGAAUCUAUUUGUUCCAGAACAAAUAAGUCAACAAUAUCCAAUAUGCAAUCCAAGGUGGAAGAUUUUUGUCUGUCUUAUCUCAGAAGUACCCUUCAAAAGAAAAGUUUUUCAGAAAAAGCUAUUAGCCUAGUUAAAGAAGUUUCACAACAAUCAUUAAAUAACUACUUAACAGAAAUAUCAACCAAAGAUUUUGCAUACAAUACUAUAGCAACUUACCAUACUGUCAUUAGUGAAGUACACGAAGCAAUUAAUAACAUAACACUCAAAAAUAUACUAAUAUUUGCUGACCCUGACACAAAAGCUAAAAACAUUAGAGCGAUAUCAGCAAAUCUUGCACACAAUACAAAUGCUAGUAUGAAUACAUUGCUCAUAUUUAAAAAUUGGUUAUCUAAUGAAGUAUAUAAAAGAUUUUAUCAGAAAGACAUGAAAAAGACAUUAAUAAAAAGCUACCUAUCUACUAAGAUUUUAGAUCAAGCAAAGAAGAU